AUGUUUAAAAUUGCGCAGCUCGUCAAUUUACUUUGGCCUGUUAAAAAGUUGAUGCCGGUUAGUUUGAUUUCCAAAUGAUCAUUAUCAGAAAUUUGAAUUUUUUCUAGAUUGUUGCUUGGUUGUUUUCUCUUGCUCCAGAGCUGAUGUUGGUAUUCAAACAAGAUCCUUUUUCAAUGCAAAAUCAUCGCCAAUUUUUCACUGUAUUCGUGAUAAUAACAUCUGUCUACUGGUCAAUAUAUAUAAAUGCACGGAAAACAUUGUAUGGAAAAGUCAUUAUCAAUAUGGGCAUAUGGUUUUGCGCAAACUUGGACGAACAAAGUUACCGACAAAUUUGCUAUAUGAUAAUUCUGAACAUUUUUGGCAUUUUAUAUCGAUUGUGUAGUCCAGCAAAAUCUGGAAUUUAUGUGAGUUGCAUUAAUCAUAGCUAUUAGAAGUGGCUCCUUUUUUUUAUUAAAAAAAAUAAAUAUAACAUUUGUAGAUGAAUGACACCACAUAUGGAAGAACUAUUUCAAUUUCGCAGAAAUUGAGCAUUAUGUUUGAUUUGUUUCUUGAAAAUGUUGUCGAACCUCUUAUUGAAGUCUGGUUAAUAACCAAGGAAUGUCUUCAAUUUAUCGAAGUAAAAACAAUGUCUUUAGGCAGUUAUUUUUAUAAUAUUGCAAGAAGUUGCAUAAAAGGCGACUUUCAAUUGUGUAGUCCAGCAAGAUUGAUCAGUAAACAAUGGCUUCACACUAUCAAAUCCAGAGCAUUAUAUUUUAGCGCAUCAUUUUUUAGUGAUGCUGUAAGAAGUUGUGUGAAAAACGACUGUCAGUUCUUUGUGAUUUCUUCUGAAACGCUUUCCACUACAGACGGCUUUACUUUGGAUCAUGAUGAAUCUGAAAAUGAAUACAGGCCAGCUACAAACGUUGAUAAAAUGUUUUCUUCAAUUGUUGGUGGAAAUCUGGCCGGACGUAGUUUCAACAUUGUGAAUUCGCAAAAAGGUUAGUUUUUUGAGUAAAGUUUUCGAUAAUAAUUUGAACUUAUGCUGUAAAAAAUUCAACUGAAAAAUAAGCAUUGUACACCUAAAUUGCAAUAGUUUCACUUCAAUAUUUCUAUAUUUUUUCCAGAUUCGAAUGUUCCAAAACGCAUCAGAAGAACUUUUCAUAAGAAGAAGUAUCGAAUGAGAAGUUACAUGAAUCCAUUGGAGACAAUCCCCGAAAACACUGUCCUUCGACAUUUUUAUUAA